GUUGAUAUUUGAGGAAAGAAACUGUGUAACAUGGGUUUUCUUAGUUCUUUUCCGGUUGCCGAGUAGAUUAAACAUCAAAUAGUCCGGUAAAAAAUAUAUAUAUGUUUAUAUAUAUUUGCUUUCCGGUUUGAGGUGAUUUAUUUCUAUUUUGUUGAGUUAAAGAAACAAAUAAAAAUUCCUGCCAGGCUCUCUGUAAGUUUGCUAGCAGGGUUCGCAGCUAAUCAGUUCGGUAAAAAUGGAGGAAUAUAACAGGCCAUCGUCUUAUCUCGAUGAUCCCCCGAAUAGCCGCCUGUUUCUGGUCACCAGUAAGUCCAUCACCGAGGACAUUAUCCGGGAGCGUUUCUGUCCUUUCGGUGAAAUCCAGGACAUCUGGGUGGUGAAGGACAAACAGACGAAAGAGUCGAAAGGAGUCUCUUUUGUGAAAUUUGCUAAAUCCUCCCAGGCCUGUAACGCCAUGGAGGAAAUGCACGGAAAAUGCGUGGCUGAAGGAACCAAACCUAUUAAGGUGUUUAUCGCCCAGUCCAGAUCUUCUGGUAGCCACAGAGACGUAGAGGAUGAGGAACUGACCAGAAUCUUUGUAAUGAUCCCCAAAACAUUUACUGAAGAUGACUUGAAAGAGACAUUCAAGACCUAUGGUGAUAUUGAGUAUGCGAUCAUCAUAAAAAAUAAAUCUACAGGAGAGAGUAAGGGUUUGGGCUACGUUCGAUACCACAAACCCUCUCAGGCUGCCAAAGCUAUAGAGAACUGUGACAAAACAUUCAGAGCCAUCCUCGCUGAACCAAGGACGAAAAACGCAUCAGUUGACAAUGACUAUUUCAGCAACCAAAGAUCAGAUCAUGCAGGAAAUGAGCCAGGCUUAAGUGUCUACCCAUUUGGUGCAGAGUCUAGUAGUUACACCGCCGGGGAAGGAUGGAACUCUGAAAUGAUAACUAGGUGCCUGAUGGUGUCAUCACGUAUGCCAGUUGUACAGGAGCAGAUUUAUAGCCUCUUUGAUCUGAUCCCAGGAAUGGAAUACUGUGAAAUGCAACGAGAUCAAUAUGGUUUCAGUAAAGGCCAGGCCAUGAUUCGGUACAGUAAUCUGGGUUCAGCAGUGUAUGCUAGAGAAAAACUGAAUGGCUUUGAGUAUCCACCUGGAAACAGACUUUCUGUGACUUUCAUUGAUGAUGGAGAGGACAGGACCAGCCCUGUGGGGAAAAUGGCCAUGCAAUUGGUUGCAGCCCAGAUGAUGUCUAUGGUGUGGAACGGCCCCUCUGGAGCUCAACUAAUGAAGACCUCUGCAGGUUAUGCAACGCCGUCAAUGCCCCAGAAGCCUCGUGUUCAAACAGAUGUUGUUCUCCCCUCUCACAAGAAGCUAGCUUCUUCUGACAGUGUGGUCAAAGAGAGGCUUUUUGUCAUCUUUAACCCAACACCACUGCCAGUGGACAUACUGGAAGAUGUGUUUUGUCGUUUCGGCUCUCUAGUGGAGGUGUAUCUGGUGCCAGGCCGGAACGUCGGCUACAUUAAGUACGCAGAUCGAAAGCACGCGAAUGACGCCAUGGCAGCACUUCAUGGCAAAGUGGUCAACGGUGUGAAAAUGAAGGUCAUGCUCGCUGAUCCACCUAAAGAGGAGUCUCACAAGAGGCAGAGAACUUACUGAUGCAUCCCCCAGACUGGUUAAGAGAUUAAGUGACAUGACGCAUUGACCUCGACAUGACUGGACGGAUUUUUACGAUUACACGACCUCAUAGCUACGGACAGUGACUACUGUACAUAUUUUGUGAUCCUGUUGUGAGGCUAUGAGGAUGAACGCAACGUCUUCUGUUAAUAAUGUGUUCUUUUCCCUUUUAUGUCAUUUUAAUAAAACACCUUUAAACGGUGUAAAAGUCUAAAGACUGUGAAGACGAGGCUUAAAUUGACAGAACAUACACAGACACCAGACAAUUCAUUUCUGUAUGCGGGUUUCUGCUUUAUGUAAAUGGUCUUGCUACUAAUAAAAGAAUUCACCCAAA